AUGGAAGGUGAAUAUGAGAUCUGGGGAGUCACCCACAACCUUCCUCAUGUCAGCAAAACCAACAAUGUACAUUUCAAGUAUCAAAAAAUUGACUCUAGUAACUUUGAAACAUUAACAGAAGAGAUGGAAGAAAUGUUCAACAAAAACAGUAUUGUAAGCGAUAAUCUUACAAGUUAAAACACAAUUUCUGGUCACUGAAUCGGCCGCCAGUUGGGCGUGGGCAUUCAAAAAUCGGUUUUAAGAUUUUUGUUUUAAUAUGGCCGGAAGCGUUUUACUAGCGUUUUACUGUAACAUUCUUGCCUUAUUCUCCCCUUAGCUUUCCGUUUUUACAAUAGUAUUGAUUUUACAGUAAUCAAAUAUCACUCGAAAAAUAAGUUUUAGAAACGGCUCAAAGCGAUUGUGUACUGUGCUGGACAAAAUUAUAACCGCACUUUAAAAAUUGCUGUUACUUUUUUGGUUGUCAGUAGAAAUGUGUCACAUUGCAUUGGUGUAAUACAAAUCUUGAGUCAAAAAUUUCCACAAUUUGGAAAAAAGUAGAAAAGACCCAAAUUUUGUAUGUUUUCUUAACCGCACUUACGAACUCGGUUUAUUAGCCUAAUUUCUACGUUACCCGAGGCUUCAAUAACGUUGAUUAAACAGCCGGGAAUACUCUGGGCUAGCUUUAAACUUGUUCUUCUAAACACAGUUUUCUUCAGAAUUCUUGCACAAAAUUUUGAGCUUUUGGUUAGAUCUUUUAAAGAUCAAAGAAAAAUUCACUCUCGAUGCACAAAAAAAAUUUCCCCUGCCUCCAACGUGAGUUGGUGUUAUUAUUAAUAUGAAUUGGUGAAACUGCGUGCGAUUACUCAGGUGUUUCAAAUCGACGGGCAUAUAAAAAUAUUUCUACACCAACCAAGUCUUUCUUACUUCGAAGCAUAUUAUUUGCUUUUGUUUAGCACCUACCAACAGUCAUUUUAAUGCAAAAAACUCGAAUUCGAUUUUUUCCUAUGUCCUCGGCUGAUUCACUGACUCAGAAAUGGUCUUUUAAGAAUGAAUAGUGAUGUUGUAUUAUUUAGACGGUAGAAGAAAGAAAAACUCGUGAGAAGCUAAUUGAGUGGCUGAAUGAACAACUAAAACCUGUCUAUCCCGGAGGAUAUCUGACUUGUGGAGGGUCUACUGUCAGUUCUUGUGGCACCGUACUCGCAGAUAUUGAUCUUUGUUAUGUCAUCAAAACCCAAGAGUCAUAUGAUCCGUCCGAACUUCCUAUCGAGAGGUACAAGGAGAGAAGGGUAUGUCGAGUACCUAGGAUACUGUAACACCUAACACGUUAUCGUAGGUGAAUCAUUUCAUGCUGAAUAGAAUCGCCGAAGUCUUGAAUGGUAUCCCGGGAAUCUAUCACUUGAAACUUGUGGCUGCCACUGUCCCAAUUGCGAAAAUGGUGAUUAAUUUACAGGAAGUUGGACUCACUGAUCAAAAGAAGUUGAUGGAGGUUGACAUUAAUUGUAAUUGCGUCGCCGGUGUUUACAAUUCAUAUCUUCUGGGUGGCUUGGUAAAGUGAGUUAAUUAAGGCACGCGACCGUUUAUUUAAAGCUUUGAUCGACGUCUGGCAAUCCUUUCUGUGGUUCUUAAGGAAUGGGGAAAGAAGGUGAAGAUUGUGGAUGAAAAGAGAUUCAACAGGUAGACAGUCACUUAACUAUAUGUUAUUUUCUUAGUUACGCAUUGGUUCUGCUCAUCGUCCAUUACCUUCAAUGUGGUGUGUAUCCCCCCGUUCUACCCAAUCUUAUGAAAAUUUUUCCCUCAAGAUUCGACGGCACUCUCGAACCAAGAGAUUUGUCAACUUCUUUGGAAGGAUUGGAUCCGCAAUAUCUGAAGUUAGAGCGGAAUCACAUGAAUGUCGGGGAACUGUUAAUCGGAUUCCUUAGAUAUUAUUCUCACUUUGAUAUGAAAGGCUGGGGAAUCCGAGUGAAGACAGGAGAAGCAGUUGACAUGAAGUAAGCUUAUGAAAGGACUUUACCGUUUUUUUAGUGCUUAUGGGGAUGCUUAUCCGAAGGGUGCAACUUCUAGUUUCUUCCUCGAAGAACCUUACGAUGAAAUUACGGUACCCAAGAAUCUGAGGCAUCAAACGGAUAUUGCUCACAUCCAUGAACAAUUUAGAGAAAUGGCGGAUCUUAUCUAUCGGAGUCCCAGCUUGGCUACGCUCUACAGUGUCGAAAAAGAAUAUCGAUCAAAGAGACAACGGAAUAGAGAGAAAUUUUCAUCCCAUGCCAAGGGGGAAUGGGAUGAAACAGUGUAA